AUUACAUAUAAGAUUACACGUAGGUGCCGGCGUUGCUCUUACGAUUCCGGGGCUCAGAUUCCGCUUUUCCCUUAUAUAUCCUUUGAAUUUACCACUCAGAGGCAAGGCUAUUCAAGUCAAACAGUCAUUCAGAGACUGAAAGGCUUUAAAUGCUUUUGAAACACAAUUCCAGUGAAGUGUUUAAUUCAAGUGGAACAUUUAACAGCAACCUUUUUCUAGACUGCUUCUAUUGACAUUUUUGUCGUUGAAAGGCUUAAUAUUUUUCGCAUUUGCUGUGGUGGAUCGUCUGUUAGCGAGUGAUAGGGGAUCGAACACAUGACCGUGGCAUUAUCAGUCCUCCGCUCUGCUUACUGCACCACGGUUGCCCUACAAAUUCAUAUGUAUAAACAGUGACAGUGAAAUUUCCUUAUCGCAAAAUGUGUGUUUUUUAAAGAACAACUAAGAUUAUUUACAGAAAUAUUACUUUUGUUACUGUUUUAAAGUCAGAUAACUCUUCCAAGAAAAAAGAAUACACGCGAAUUUUUUUUAAAAAUUCGUUUUGUUUUGACAAUUAUAUGAAAUCUGCUAAUUUUUUAUGGUCAGAUAAAAAUAAAAGGAGAUUAAGCAGUGCGCGCAAUUUGUCUUCAGUCUCUGAUCAGACAUUCGCGAGUCAAGAUGCUCGUCGUGGAAGUGAUUUUGGGUCUUCUGAUCUGCAUUGUGGGAUUUUUGUGGUGGUGGCAAAGAUCUUCGAGGAAUUUUUGGGAAAAGAAUGGAGUCUCUUACAUCCCAGGAUAUCCUUUGAUUGGGGUUUUGAAGGACACGAUACUGUUUCGCAAGAAUUUCGGGGAGUUUUUGAUGGAAUUGUACAACAACGACAAGUGCAAGGACGAUCCUAUCACGGGCGUGUACUUCUUCCACAAGCCCAGCCUCAUAAUUCGCCAUCCAGAGAUCAUUAAGAAUGUUCUGGUGAAGGAUUUCCAGUACUUCGUGGACAGAAGAAUCUCCUCUGAUCCCCACGAGGACGGCAUUGGUCGGGAGAAUUUAUUCUCGGCAAAAGGCACUCACUGGAAGAACCUGAGAAUGAAGGUUUCGCCAGUCUUUACAACCGGGAAACUGAAGAAUCUCUUCACUUUGAUGCUGGAAGUGUGCACAGUGUUGGAUCAGAAGCUGUCCGCAGAGAUUGGGAGGGAACCGAAGGAGUACGAAAUGAAGGAAUUGGCUGGAUUGUUCUCAACCGACACCAUAUCAAUCUGCGCUUUCGGCGUGAAGGCAAACAGUCUGCUCAAUCCUGAAGCUGAGUUUCGAAUCCACGCCAAACGGGCGACGGACUUCACCUGGAGAAGAGCUAUGGAGUUCACAGGAUGCUUUUUGCUUCCCGAACUCGCCACAUUGCUCAGGUUCUCCUUUUUCUCCAAGGAGACAAACAACUUCAUGAGAUCCACCAUUAAUUACGUGAUGGAGGAGAGACUGCGAACCGGAGUGAAGAGGAAUGAUCUGAUCGACGCCCUGAUCACAAUGCGAGAGGAAGACGCCGAGCUGUUCAAAGGAGACACUCUCAUUGCCCAGGCUGCCGUCUUCCUGAUUGCCGGAUACGAGACAUCAGCCUCGGCCACAUCCUUUGCUCUCUACGAGCUUGCCCGCCACCAGGACAUUCAGGAUGAACUGAGAAAGGAGAUCAGGAGCUAUGCUGAGAAGUAUGGAGAUCCAAAGUACGAAACUUUCAAUGAAAUGGAGUAUCUUCAGAUGGUCGUUCAUGAAACCAUCAGACUUUAUCCUUCUCUGCCCUUCCUGGAUCGCAUUUGCUCUCCACCCAAUGGCGCCAAAUCGUAUUCAUUGGAGCCUUAUCACCACUUCGCGAUUCCCCGCGGGAUGCCAGUUUACAUCCCAAUGCUGCCCAUUCAUCGGGAUCCGAAUCACUAUCCCAAUCCUGAACAAUUCAUCCCCGAGCGCUUCAAUCCCAAGAACAAGGACUCAAUCGACCAAUACAGCUACUUGUCUUUCGGAAUCGGACCCAGAAACUGCAUCGGAGGGAGAUUCGGAACUUUCCAGGUGAAAUUGGCUCUGUACACUAUUCUGAAGGACUACAGAGUUGAAGUGUGCGAAAAGACUCCGGCUAAGGUGGAAUUUGACGAGAAAUCCCUUAUUAUUCAUCCUAAGGAGCAACUUUAUUUGAAUGUCACAAGAAUUUGAGUAAAUUUCUAUUUCUAGAAUUGUCUGUAAUUGUAAUUGAACUCUUUAAUAAACGCUUUUUGUUCACACAACUUACAAUUUAGAGUAAUGAAAUUUUAAAUUUUAUUUCUUAUAAAAGUGGGUAAAAAAAAGAAAAGAACAUUAAAGAAGUAAAUUGUUGAACAAAAUUUCUUUCGAUCGAUUUAUGAGUAACAUAAGUUUAUAAUUUGUCGGAAAACCUUAAAAACUGGAUAUAAACGAUGAGACAGAAGAGGAACAAGACAGUGAUGCCAA